UGUUCAACUAAACGUUAACUUCACUUGUCUAUUGUAUAAUAUAAGAGACUUUAUAAUUAAUUUAUUUGUAUAAUCCGUAGGUAGUUAUCAUAUUUUCCCUUCAGUAGAGUAUUAAUUAAUAUUUGAUGAUACAAAGAUACGAAAUAUGUCAAAAUAAUGACUAGUAAUUCAGAUGAGUUGGAUAGAGUUCGCAACAUAGUGCCUUCCGCAAGAAGAAGCAUUCAUAGCCAGAGUAUUAAUAGUUCAAGAAAACAAAACAUGGGUAAAUAUGGUCUAAAAGGUGAACUUAAUUUAUCAGAACCAGGAGUUGAUGAGGUCGACAAUAUUAUGAGUAAAAUACUAACCACAAAGUCAUCACCAAUACUGGCUGAAAAUAAGUCACGUAGGUAUUCCUACCAUGUUAGUGAAGAAACUGAUGAUGAUGAUUAUGAUGAAAAUAUAUUGUCAAAAUCCUCUCCUCCAAUACUAUUCUCUUACAGAAUGGGUUUUGAUACCGCGAUAGAAAAUAUGUCAGGGCGAAGUAUUAAUAGUGAUUCUUCAUCAAUUAACUACAAUUUAAUAGACACAUCUCCAAGUCGUCAAAACAAUAUGAACAGGAAACCUUCGCCAGAUUUUAAUAGAAAGAAAAAAGGUUUCAAUGCAGUCAUAUAUAUUGUUCUACCCGUUAUUGUUUGUGCUGGGAGCCUAAUGUUGUAUAAUAUGAGAGCUAGCAGGGAAUCCGAAAUGGAUGUAUAUGAUAAACAAAGCUUUUAUAAUGAUGUCAAGCAUUUAGGAAUAAAGUACAAGGUACCAGACAAUGCUAUCCUGAAAGUAAGAGCAGGUAUCACAACAAUAUUUGAGAGGCAUGAUACCGGCUCAUUUAUUUUUACAUAUAAUAGUGAAGACAUCAAUUAUAAUCCUAUAAAAUUUGAUCAAUUCAUUGAAGACAUAGCCGCAAAAGCAUCGAAAUACCUACGUAACAAUACAAGGGAAAUUCACCAUCUGGUUAUCAAUCCAACAAACCUUAUAGUACAAACGGAAAAGGAAUUUAUGAAUCUUUAUCAAAAAGAUGUUGAUGAAAGAGGUGUUAUGCUGAUUAAGGAUGUAGAUAAUAUCCCUUCUCAUCUAGCAAUGGCCUUUCAUUACUAUUGUGAUGAAUACAACCCUUUGGUCAAAAAGAGCGCUAUAUUCUUAACAUUGAAUUUGGCUAAGUGCAGCAAUGGUUCAGAAUCAAAAUCGACACAUGAUUAUAUAGAAAAGUGCUUAGCAAGAAAAUGGAAUACAAUUGAUAAAGAUAAAUUGGGACCAUUGCUUACUAGAGUUGUGAAUAUUGUUAUAGAUGCGACUCGUAUACUGUAAUAUAAGGUCUCAUAAUUACAAUCUGUGUUAACUAUCUUAAUCUUAUAACUGAUUAAAAUACCCACAUAUUUGAAGUUCUGUUAUUUACCUCAAAAACGAUUUCGUCCGCAUGUAAUCUUUUUAAAUAACUCGAUCUCGAAGUGUAUUAUAGUGUGAUUCAGUAAGAUAUUAAAUAUUAUUGAAUAAAUGUGUUCAUGUUUA